AUGACGGCAACAGCAACGACUACGGACUCUACCACAACCACCACCAGUACUGCCGAAUCUACAGCGGAUUGUCUAGGACAAAUAGGGCAGCCAAUAAAAAAUUGGCUUACAUGCGACGAUCUUUCUGACAGAUGCGCGCAUGGCGACAGGAGACUACAAUUGCUUUUUCGAUACUCCUGUCUGCUUGCCCUUGCCAUGUCCGUUAUACGCAACCUGGGGAUCUCCGAGCUGUUUUUGGCAUGGAACUCGAACAUCCAAGGUAGUUGCGACGGAGUUUCCAGUGGUCAGCGCGUUUGUAUGCAAGCUCCUGGGGGUACAUGGAAAGCACCAUCAGUCACAAUUACAGCACCCACUGGUACUGGCGUCUAUUAUACUACAGCAACACCAGCCUAUCCAACACAAAGCGGCACUACCGGAAGCUGCGGCAAGUUUUACCAGGUAAUUUCGGGUGACGACUGCGCUACACUGAAUCUCAAGUUCGGACUUAAUCUCACACAGCUGCAUAUCAUGAACACUUUCAUUGAUUCAAACUGUUCCAAUCUCUGGCUCAACUAUGAUAUAUGUGUAGCACCAGUCUCUGAGCCGAGUAUCUCGACUGAUGGGGCUUGUGGAGUGGGUGUGACUUGCAUUGAUAGUGCAUUUGGGAACUGUUGCUCGUCUACAGGAAAAUGCACUGUGAGCACUAACGGCCUUUGUGGGCCCGAUAAUAGCUAUAUGACUUGCCCGGGCUCUGAAUUUGGCGACUGCUGCAGUAGUAAGUGUACCCUCCUUUAUAUUCAGCCUUUUCACUUGCUGGGUUCUACGCGCAAGUGCUUUCUGAGUGAUCAUAAUGACUGA